AUGCCACCACCCUCCUGCACAGGGACGCUGCCCAACAUCGCCCGCAACGCCAUCGUCAACUGUGGGGAGCUCGUCACCUACGCCCUCCUUAAAGAUGCGCUGCUGCGGGCGCCGCUCCCCGGGCAGUACCGGAACGCGCUCAGCUGCCUCCUUGCCCUGCUCAUGCAGGACGGCCUUGCUGGCUUAUACAAGGGGUUCGUCCCCUCCUUCCUGCGGCUCGGCUCCUGGAACAUCAUGAUGUUCAUCACCUGGGAGCAGCUGAAACGAGGUCAGCAGAAACUGCCUUAA